AUGCAACCCGAUAAAUUGGCAAUCAAUGCUGUGCAAGAUCUUUUACCAACGUUCACUGAUAUUUUAAAAAUCGGCUUAGUACAACUAAAAAAUGACAUUAAAACAUUGUUAGACAAUGAUGCUGACAUAAAUGAUUUGAUUAUUAAUGUCCAUUUAUUAAUUACAGCAUCGACAGCACCGUUUCAUAAACAUGUGUUGGUUGUCGAAAGUCACACAGUAUCAAACAUAAUUGAGAAUAAACUAAAAUACGUCAGAACAUCUUGGCUUGAUUAUGAUAUUAUUCUCUGUCCAAUAAAUCAGAAACACGAUUGGUAUUUAAUGAUAAUUGAUCUUGAACGAAAUUUAUUUAUACAAUUCGACUCAUUGCCUGCACAUGAUAUCCCACGCAUACAAAAUCUAGAACGCCUUAUUCAUAUUUUGAAUACACAACAUUAUUUGAAGCACGACACUAACAUAGAUUUUCGCACAGCCUGGACAUUAUCGGAUCCGGGUGAAGAUUUCGAUUUAUAUCAAAAUAAUGUGCAUUUAUGUGGCGCCCAUCUUCUGAUACAAGCAAAAGCAUACACAAAUCGUGAACGGUAUUAA